AUGGAGGUUGCCGCGGCGGGAGAGCCGGCGCCCGCGGGCGAGUGGCUGGAGGAGCGCGGCGUGGACACCGUGUACCUCCCCAGGCUGAUCGCCGGCGUCAUCUCCGGCGCGCUCACCGGCCUCUUCGCUCUCGCUGGAGCAUUGACUGGAGCCGUCACCGGCGCGCUGGCGGGCAGGGCCUCCGACAGCGGCGUUCUCCGGGGAGCUGGACUGGGAGCGAUCGCCGGGGCCGUCCUCUCCAUCGAGGUUCUCGAGGCGUCUCGCGCGUACUGGUGCUCGGACCGGCUCGGCACAUGCUCCAUGGCAGAUUUCAUAGAGCAGCUCCUUCAUGCCCGGUUUGUGCAACAGCAGCUUGGAUCCUCGGCACAUAUGGCGUACCGUUGGCAGCUCAGCAUACCGGAUUUUGGGCACGAUGAUGUGUACGACAUCUUCGGGGACAUUUCAUCGAGGGGGCUUUCGAGGGAGGCACUGGAGAAAUUACCACACUACGUGGUAGCUGAUCAGGUUCAGGCUGAGGCUCAGGGCAAAUCGGGUGAAAACAUGUCUUGCGCCAUCUGUCUACAGGAUAUGGUAGCCGGUGAGACGGCGAGAAGGUUGCCCACUUGCUCCCAUGCUUUUCAUCAGCUCUGCGUGGACAAAUGGCUCAUUAGCCACGGAUCAUGCCCUGUGUGUCGGCAACAUGUGUAA